GAUUGUAACGUCGGGUUCUCGGAGAGAAAGAGACCGGAAGAAAGAUGGCUGGCAAUGUGUUUGCUGCUGCAGUUGUUGCUCUUACAACUUUUACUGUGGGAUAUUAAAGCAAAGCUGUCAUGGAGGCUGAGAGACGGCAACUGACUCCUGAGCAAGAUGCUCUGGAGCACAUCGCUGCUUGUAGAGACAAACCCUUCCUGGAGGGGAUCUAUAUUGAUGCCUUUAAAGGGAGAGGACUGUUCACUCACAAAGCCGUUGAGCCGUCCAUGUUUGUGGUUGAAUAUCGGGGGGAGAUCCAAACCACAACACCCCAAAAGACAUGCGAUGAUUCCCUCAUCAAUUACAUAUUUCAGUUUUCAUGGAACGGAGCUCACUGGUGCAUUGAUGCUUCAUCAGAAGACGGGACCCUUGGUAGGCUUGUGAACGAUGACCACAUCACUCCCAACUGUGAGAUGAAGAAAAUAGUCUGUGAGGGAAAGCCACACUUGUGCUUGUUCGCAGUGAAGAAAAUAUCUCCAGGCGAGGAGAUAACCUUCAGUUAUGGGGACUUGUCUUACCCAUGGCGCUCAAAGAAGUCGUUUGAUGGAUUGAGUCUUCCCCACUCUGACUUUUGUGCUACUUCAUCAACACCAAGAGUUGAAGGGCUUCAGGACUCGAAUCCAGCCUCUAGUUUUGAUCAGUCCUGCUCUGAGGAUGAAUACUACGAUGACGAUGAUAUCGACGAGCUUAUUGAAAGUGGAGCAAGUCCUGAAAGGAACAGUUUUCCAAACACCAAUCAGCAGGACUUGGGAGAAAAUUCAACUUCAAGAGAUUCAAAUUACUCUGAAGAGAUGUCCGGGACCUCAAUGCAGCAAGCAGGCGGUGCUUCCUGCUCCCUGCAGGACAGUAAGGCUGCUCUCAGCUCCAGUGAGCCUGACUCUGAUGACGACCACAGACCCAGCAGGACCAGGGCCAGCAGCAGGGCUUCACAAAAGCCUAAGGGGGCUUCUUACGCCACGAAAAACUAUUGUUAUUUUUGUUGUCUUGGUGUUAUUAAAUUGUCACGGCAUCUUUUAAGGCAUAUUGGUGAAGACCCUGAUCUGGCUAAAGCUUUUUCAUUACCCACACACUCCCAGGAGCGAAAAAGGAUACUUGGUGAAUUUCGGACCAAGGGAAAUUACAAGCAUAAUCAGACAGUGUUGAAGCACAACCACGGAGAGUUAAAACUGAAAAGACGUCCAACAAGAACGGGUGCUGGAUCUUUUGUGCACUGCCUGUACUGUAAAGGCAUGUAUAGCAGUAAAGAAAUGUGGAGGCAUGUGAGAAGGUGUCCUGCUAAGCCAACAUCAAUCUCAUCAACAGGUGGCAGGAACAAAGUCCUAGGUGAGAUCGCUCUUGCAGAGUCCCCAUUAGCCCAAAAACUUCCAGCUGCUGUGUGGAAGAUGCUCUCAGAAAUGAAACAAGACAGGGUUUCAUUUGCAGUCCAAAACGAUUUCCUUCUACUUAAGCUGGCAGAGCAUUUGUCUGACAAGCAUGAAAAUAAAAAAAGAAAAUUUGAUUAUAUCAGAAGCAGGCUACGAGAAAUGGGAAGGCUUUUGGUAGCACUCCAGGAAAAGUCAAUAACUAGCCUCCAGGACGCAAUCAAACCCAACAACUUCUACAGAGUUGUCGAGAUUGUCAAGAAAAUCGCUGGUUACAAUGUGAAGAGGAGGAUCUACAAAAGUCCAUCUCUCGCUUUGAGGCUGGGACAUUCACUCAAGAAAAUAGGCGCCAUUAUCCUCCAAAUAGAAGACAACAACGAGCAGACGAAAAGAGACACCAGAACAUUUGUGAAGUUGUGUACUGAAGAAUGGACUCAACUCGUCUCCCACUCGGCCCUUGCUUCGUUGCGAGGAAAGAAGUUCAAAAAGCCUCCCACAAUAUCAUUCACCAGUGAUUUGCAGCUUUUCUACAGAUACCUGGAAUCAGCAUCAGCAUCUGCUGUUGACGGCCUGAAGACUACAGAAGGCCAGCAGGUCUACGCCGCACUUUGCAGAGUGACUCUCGCUAAACUGUCAGUCUUAAACAAGUGUGCCCCUGAGGUUUCAAAACUGACACUGAAGGCAUUCCAGGAGAGAGAAGAAGCUGACCAAGUGUUGUCCAGGCACUUCAUCAGAAUAAAUAUAGAGAAUGGAAAAGGUCAGGACACUGCUGUCCUGCUGACCUCUGACCUUGUCAGCACAAUAACACUGCUUGAGAGCAAGAGACAUGCAUGCGGCGUUCACAAAGACAACCCGUUCUUGUUUGCAAAGCCUAACUCUUCUCCUACAAGCCUUUACCAUGGAAGACAGACCAUCGGGGCCUUUUCAAUUCUGUGUCGCGCAAAGAACCCAGAGCAUCUCAGAGCGCUGCAUUGUCACAAGCACAUAGCAAGAGUCUUCCAGAUUCUCACCCUGGAGAAUGACGAGCUGGAGCAUCUUGCCAAACUGCUGGGUCACAACAUCCCGGCGGACAAGGACUACUAUCGGUUACCAGAGGCAGCUGUGGACCUCGCAAAGAUAGCAAAACUUAUUCUGGAAAUGGAAAAGGGCUCUCUUGAAAAACGCCAGGGGAGGUCUCUGGAGGAAGUUGAGAUUGAAGAUGAACUGGAGCCGGAUGUGGAGCAGCUCAGUGAUGCUGAGGAGGAAAAUGUAGAUCUUCAGGAGAGAAGUACAGUAUCUCACAAAAAUGCUGUGGAACAAAAAGCUGUCGUGGAGAAACAAAGGAUCAAAGAGAGGAAGGAUAGACAGCCGACUCCUGAGAAAGAUGCCCCAGAGGUUGAAGACUCAGGAGGACCUUCCAGCUCUGCAGAAUCCUGCAAUGAAGACGAGCACUUGCCUGAAGGAGUUGUUGGUGGCGAUGACAAUGAGGAAGAGUAUGAGCCUGACGGUGGAGCAAGUAAUGAGGAGCAGUCAUUUGAUGAGGAUGAGUCUGAUUCUGAUUCUAGCUCCGAUCUCAAGCCCAAAAGGCGGUAUGACAGAAACCCAAAUUAUUGUUUCGUCUGCGAGAAAGCUCAGACUAAACUUUCUCGUCACUUUUUCACGCAUAGGCGUGACGAUCCUGAGAUAGCUGAACUGUUUACACUGCGCAAAAACUCCAAGGCACGAUUUCAGCGACUAGAUGAGCUACGAGAAAAAGGAAAUGCAAAACAUAACGAAAUGGUUUUGAAGACUGGCUGCGGAGAACUGAAAGUGAAAUAUAAGAAACCAGUCAAGCCCCCUGCUACUAAACCGUGCCUAUUUUGUAAAGACAUAUAUACCUGUAAGGAGAUGAAGAAACAUGUCGUUAGAUGUUCAGUGAGGAAGUCCUUACAACCUCGAAGCUGCAAGAACAAAAUCCUGUCUGCUGUUGCUUCCACAGAGUUAAUAGACUACCCGCAAACCUCAUCAAACGUGAGUUAUUUACUAAACAGUCUGAAGCAAGAUGAGAUCACCGCUGCAGUUAUGAAGGAUUCCCACCUUUUGCUCAUGGCGAAGUACUUUUGGAUCAUGAAUGAGAGAAAUGAGGGGAAAAAAGACAGACUCGUACAGAAGCUGAGGGCAAUGGGAAGACUUCUUCUAGCAUUAAAAAAAACAACAGUAUCGAGCCUUGAAGACAUCAUGAAGCCUGAAAACUUCAGCAGAGUGAUUGAAGCUGUCCGAGAGCUGGCUGGUUUCAAUGAAGAGAGGAAGUUCUGUGAGAAACCUUCUGUUCUGCACACCGUUGGAUAUUCACUGAAGUGUAUCGCUGAAAUCAACUAUGCAAGGGUGAUGAAGGAAGGCAGUGAUAAACAGAAGAUUGAUGAAGCACAAACAUUUAUGAGGUUGUGUUCGAAUGAAUGGGCUGACCUCAACAAACCAAAAUCAACACCAACUAUACCCUUCAUCCACGACGUGCAGCUGCUCUAUGAGUGCAUGGAGAAGACGGCGGCUUCUGGAUUUGAAAGUCUGACAAAGUAUGAAUGCGCUCCGGUCUACACUGCGCUUUUCAGAGUGACGGCUGCUCACCUGUCGCUCUUAAACCAAAACCUGGAUGUUUUUGAAAUAACACUCAAGUCAUUCCAGGAAAGAGAGGAGGCUGAAGCUGCAGACGGCCUUUCACAGCUGGAGCAGAUCCUUUCCAUGCACUUAGUGCGGAUCAGUGUGAUGGGAAAGUGGGGCAAAAAAAUCGUCAUGACUUUGACCCCUGCGCUGCUCGCUGCAUUGGAACUGCUAGUGAGCAAAAGGGAAGCAUGUGGUGUCAACUCGGAUAAUCUCUUCUUAUUUGCACAACCUGUCAUCAAAUGUCUCUUCCAAGGAAACAGAUGCUUCAACACUAUUGUGUCUCGGUGCAGCGCAGAGGACAAAGUCAACCUCAGGUCCACUUCUUUCCGUGAGCAUCUUACCAGGGUUGUCCAGAUUCUCAGCCUCUCAAGCGACCAGCUCGAUCAGCUUGCCAAGCUGCUGGGACGUGACAUUCAAACCGACAGAGAGUAUUAUCAGAAGCCAGAGGCAGCACAGGACAUUGGAAGAAUCUUGGAGCUGCUAUCAGCCGUAGAGACUGGAACUCUUCACAGAUUCGAAGGAAAAUCCUUUGAAGAGGUUGAGAUUGCAGAUGAGAUGGAGCCACAUAUGGAGCCUGUCAACCCUGAAAAAAGGGACACUGUGGGAGACAAUGAAGAAUCAGGAAGCUCAUUUCAGAUGAAGGGAUGUGUGUCUUCAAGAAGAUCCUCUUCAAGAAAGAAAACACCCAGAAGGUUCUCCAGAAAAUGUCCAUCAAAGCAACCUGGACAAGGCAGCGGGGAAGGAGGAGGAGGAGGAGGGAGGGGCAGGGGGCAGCAGAGUGAGGACGAGGCCUCUGAGCUGGAGGAUGAGAGAAAGGAAGAUGCGAACACGGAGCAGGAUGACUGUUCAGAGGAAAGGCCGGCGAGUUUGGCUAGAAAGACGCCGCAGAGAACAUCGUCCUGUGGAAAUAAGGACACAACAAACAUGUCUCGUAUUGACAGCGAUGAUGACAUGAAUGUGGACUUUGACAUGGACACUGAUGAGGACAUUCCCAGAAAUGAGGAUAACGAUGGAGAUGAUGACUCGCAUGACUUGGCAGCAACGCGACAGUUAUCAAGUGAAGAGGAUGUGGAGACGCAAGAAAAGGCUAGGCGUGAUACUUCGAAGAACGAACGCUCAUCAAAGAAGCGCAUCGCUGUUGAAGACAUAUACACUGAUUCAGAGGACCACAUGGAAGAAGAAGAAGAUCAAGAAGAGGAGGAACAAAGUAACUUGAUGGAUGUGGACAGCAGGAGUUCAUCUCCUGUUUCAGAUAAAGAAAAUAGGAGAAAGGUAUCAAAUGCAGUGGCUGGGAUGGCACAAGUGAGGGUAGUAAUCCCAAAACUGUACUUGGAAAAGUCGAAGACUUCAAUUCACCUCUCCGAGCUGUCACCUGCAGUUAAAUCAGCAUUGAAAGAUCAGCCCGUCCAUGCUGACAACAAUCAGGGUCAAAAAUCCUCCACAUCCUCUGAUACCUCAAACAAGCCAAGCACUGAAAAGGAGAUCCAGAUGAUCUGCUCCCACUGCAAGAAGACCAUGAUGAAGGGCCAAACAGCCUACCAGAAAAAAGGGUUCACAGAGGUCUUCUGCUCCAAAGACUGCCUGUUUGAAAUGUUUCCCAUCAACAAACCUGCGGCCAGACCCUGCUUUCACUGCUCCAAGGCGAUAACACACCCUGUGGACCUCAUCAUGGCUGCUGUGGACGUUAAGGGAACCAUGAAGGACUUCUGCAGCAUGACAUGCCUCAUCUCCUAUAAGUCGAACACAGCGCCCUCCGAAACGCAGCAGCAGCCAGUCUGCGGCAUGUGCAACAAAUCAGGCACUACUAAAUGUGGCCUGAUGUUGAAGGGUGUUUUCUACAAGUUCUGCAGUGAAAACUGCUUCGAAGAUUUCCGCAGAGACAACCUGGCAGUCUGUGAGAAAUGCAAGUCUACCUGCUACAAACCGCUCAAGCUGAACCUGAAGGGGGAAAUCAAAACCAUGUGCAGCCAGAACUGUAUCGAUGAGUUUAAAAAGGAAGCCAAGGGACACCAUCGAUGCACCAUGUGCCGUAAUCUUCUCCUAGUGUCAGACAUGGUUACUCACAACAUCGGCGAGAACAUGAUGGAGCUUUUCUGCGCUUAUGGCUGUGUGAUAUCAUACAAGCUACGACCUGCAAACCUUGAAGAAAUAAAAGCUCAGUUGAAGAAGAAAACUUGCGGCAAGCAAUCAGAAGAGGAGAGUGAAAGGAUCACUUCAGGCUCGACUCCAGCUGCUGAAAUGAGGAACGCACCGACAGUCGAGGUGGCAGACAUGCUCUACUGCACCAUUUGUGGAAAGAAAGUGCCAAAAGGACAGACGGUUUGCUCUCGCUCCUGCGUCUCUGUAGAGGAUCAACACAGGAAAAGAUGCUACAUCUGCGCUGAGGUGAUAUUACGACCUCACAGCAUCAUCCUGGCUCCUGUGGACGAUGAAGGAACCAAGAAGGAACUUUGCAGCAACAAAUGCCUCGCUUCUGUCAGCUCCAAGUGGUCACAAACGCGGUGCAAGAUGUGCAACAAAUGUUGCACUAGCGGCUUCAGGCGGACCCUGGAUGACUUGAAGUACACAGUUUGCAGCGACGCCUGCUUCACCAACUACCACAAAGUCAACAACUUGCCUCUGGUUACCUGUCACAUCUGCAGAUCCCCCUCCCUAAAUUUGUUCACGCUGAAGAUGGAGCAAGGAAGCAAAUCUGUCUGCAGCAUUGAAUGUCUGGUCCAGCUCAAAGAGAGUAUUACAGAACCUCAGCUGUGCCCCAUGUGCCAGAUGUUCCAUCAGAUGGCAGACAUGGUCGAAAGUAAAAAUGAUGAGGGCACGUUGGACUUCUUCUGCAGCAGCCGAUGUAUGAUGGUGCACAAAGCUCAACCUGUCACGGCGUCAGGAAGCAAAAACUCAACAACUCCCAAGGAAGAGGAAGAGGAAGUGGAGGAGGAGGAGGACAUUAAAGAAGUGAAAAUUCUACCAGAUGUGGAUUUAGUUAAACAGGAGCCCAUUGAGGAGGAGUGCAAGCCGGAUCUCCUGUGCUCCAUGUCUACUGAGGACAUCAAAAAUGAGCCUAAUGUGGCAAAGCAGGACUUAAAGAUCGAAGAUGCUUCAGGUCUCUACUUGUCGGGAGACUCCACUUCUACAGCGCCCACUGUGACCCGUGUAAACACAGCUGUGCCAUGCUUCAACUGCAAAAAGAUCCUGGUGGACGGACAAACAGUUUAUCAGAAAAAGAACCACACAAAAAUCUUCUGCUCCUCUCCCUGCCUUUUCAAUUUUUACCAAUUGAAACAAGCUAAGAUGAGCUGCACCUACUGUCUUCAGCCAAUAACAAAGAGAACCAAGAGGGUCCUCCAGGCUCCAGUGGAUGAUGAAGGGACAAUGAAGGAUUUCUGCAGCCAGACCUGCAUGUCCUCCUUCAACUACAAGAGAAUGAUGUCAACCAAAGUGGCCAUCGUGCCUGUGGCUUCACAUUCACAGUGCAACAUGUGCAACCGAUAUUGCAUAAGUAAACACGAAGUCAUACAGGAGUCCUCCGUUCGCAAGAUCUGCAGUGAUCCCUGUUUUCUCCGCUUUUGUAAUUUAAACAAACUCUUGAUCUGUGUGAACUGUUAUCUGAACUGCGAGACAACUCUUACAGUCAGGAUGGAGGAUUGCAGCAAAAAUCUGUGCAGUGCAGAGUGUCUGGCCCAGUACAAACAGAAAGUCAAGACACUCCAGCCAUGUGCCAUGUGCUGCAACUCCCUUCUGGUGUCAGAAAUGGUUGAAUGUCAAAACAGUGACGGUGAGGUUGAGCUCUUCUGCAGCAGCAACUGUGUGGUGGCAUCCAAGAUCAUGGCUGUCAACGCAUCAGGCGAUCCUAUAAAUUGUAGCAACUGUGGAAAGAACGGAUUACCAGCCUGCCAUUUCUCCAUGUCGGAUGCCUCCGUCAGAAGCUUUUGCUCUCAAAGCUGCGCCAUAGAUUUUAAGGCCACCAAAAACAAAACUGUUAACAUUAACGUGGCUGAAGCUUCUGAACAAACCCAGAGAGAUAUCCUCAAACCACCUGAGAAACUUGUUUGUGCAUAUUGUGUACGAAUGAUAAGAACUACACCCAAAGUCAUCCAGGAGAAGGGUAAAAUUAGUUUUGUGUGCAGCCCGUCCUGUUCUGAAGAGUUCAAGAGGCUGUACAACCUCUUUGGAGAGUGUGAGCAGUGUAAGAAUGAAAGGAUCGUCAAAAUCACGAAGAGGGUCAAUGGAAAAGAAUGCUUCUUCUGCAGCGAUGGAUGCAAGAUGCAUUUCCACCAGGACCUGAAGAAACAGUGGGGUAACUACUGUCAGUCGUGUGCUUACUGCCUCUCCAUCUCUAAGACGGUUGUGAAGGAGCGGUACAGACGCGUCGUGGAAAGGUUCUGCUCUGAAAACUGCAAGCUGAAAUACGGUUUGCUCUUCAGACAUCUUUCCGAGUGCGACUUCUGUGGUCAGCAAGGUAAACUGAGCCAGAGUCUUCCCCUUGUUGGAGAGGUCAAAUACUUCUGUGACCUUACCUGUGUCCAACAUUUCUGCAAUGGAAAGAUCCUGGUGGCCCCCACAGCAGAGUCCUCCCCGGUCAUCGCUAAUGUCGUUUCACUUGCUGGAGCUAAACAGAACAGUGUCUCAGCCAGCUCUACACAGUGUGAUUCAAGCACACAGACAUCACUGCCCCCCCUUGACUUUCAAACACAGGUUGUUGGACAUGCCAGUGUUCAAACUGUUUCUAAAGACCUGAAGAACAAGUCCACGCUCUGCACACCGUUAGUCCAUAACAAAGGAGUCUCCUGUACGACACAGACCGUUAGCACCGGGGCACAGACAGACAACUUUGAAACAAUACCCAGAGUCCUGCCUGUUCCAGUGCCGGUUUACGUUCCUCUGCCACUGAACAUGUACAGCCAGUACACACCCACGCCUGUAGGCCUGCCCAUACCGCUGCCUGUACCCGUGUUUCUGCCUGGGAAACCAUACAGCCUCGACGAAGUUGUGAAUCCCACAAAGAAGGAGAUCCAGCCUGACUCUUUGAAGGAGGAGCUCUACCUCACAAAGGACAGAGUGGCAACAGAAGAGGGACAACAACAAGAAAUCCUCAUUCCAACAGAGCACUCCUAUAACCGCACUGAUGAUUGGGAUCCAGAUCAACGGGCCGCUUUCAACAACCUGGAACAAACUUGGGCUAAUACCAGCUUUGGGUCGCUCACUCAACCACCAGAGGAGCCAUCUUCAGUUCUAGAAAAGGAUGCGACCUGUGAGCGUCAGCGGGAGCUCACCAAUCAGUCUCUUCCUUCUGCUCUUGAAACAAGAGAGCAUCACCAGAACUCCCAGGUCCCUGUACCGGCUCCAUCAUCACAUACUGCAGAGAAAGUCCACAACAAGAACAAGGGUCGUAAGCUGCAGCAUUUUUCUAAGGAGGCUGAAGAGGAGACACCUCAUAGAGACUUUUCUAAAGCUGUGCACAGGAGGUAUAGCAGAGUGGAGAGUCAGUGUGGGAUCAUCGCCUGGAAUAGAUGGAUCCAGCAGAGGAGAUCACAAGCAAAACUUCUUUCUUUUCCCGCUUCGGCAUUAAAGGAGGAAAUCCUUCUCUGCUCUGCGGCUGAGCUCAAUAACAGCCUCUGUGGCUUCAUUAAGGGGCUGAAGCAGCUGGAUGGAGAGCCGUAUUCCCCUGACAAUCUGUUCUACCUCUGUCUCUGCAUACAACAGUACCUGUUUGAAAACGGUCGUGUGGAGAACAUAUUCAGUGACUCAGUCUACAACAAGUUCUCCUCUGCGUUCACCAAGAUCCUGAGAGGUUUCAAACCCUCAAUCACAGCUAGCGGUUACACCCAUUCCUACGUAGAGGAGGAGUUUCUGUGGGAGUGUAAGCAGCUGGGGGCGUACUCCCCUAUCGUCCUUCUCAACACUAUGCUCUUCUUCUGCUGCAAGUACUUGGGUUUCACCACGGUGGAGCAGCACCGCCAGCUGUCCUUUGCCUACGCCGUGCGCCGCAUAAAAACCAACCCGAACAAUACCAAGACCAGAUUUCUGCUUUUCUGUCUCCCAAAAUCCACAAAGGAAGCAGAGUCAGAUGAAGAUGGCGUCCCAUCUCAGAAGCGCAAGAAAAACGACAGUAUCACCACAAUGACGGAGAACACAGAGAAUCCUCUCCGCUGUCCAGUCAGACUCUACGAGUUCUACCUCUCCAAGUGCUCGGAGUCGGUGAGGCAUCACCCUGACUUGUUUUACCUUCAGCCAAAUCGCAGUUGUGUUCCCAGCAGCCCUGUGUGGUUCUCCUGCAGCCCUCUGGAUGACAGCAUGAUGGAGGCCAUGCUUGUUCGAAACCUCGCCGUGCGGGUGGAAGAUAGGGAAGGUUCAGAUGAGCAGACACCAGGAGAUAAAACAACUCUACCUCAGGAGAAGGAAGAGGAGGAUGAUUCAGACUGAGGAAGGGCAGUGAGAGACCUUUUUAUACUGUUUAUAGAGAACUUUUUAUCUACUCUGAUAUCAGGUUGCAUUUGAGAAAUACUUGAGUGGUGUAAAAAUGUCGUAAAAACACAUUUCAUCAAACCAGUUUUAAAAAAUGAAUCCUCUCGGACUCACGGAGUCAGAAGAAUAAAAAAAGACACCUGUCAUCAUUUCAUUCACAGAUUUACACCCUGAAUACAUACUGUACUUUUAUUUUAAACCAUUUGGACUAGGGAUAGAAGACUUUUGCUGUGGAGACACUUGUAGCUUUAAUCAAACCAACAAUCAGACUUAAGACUUCACAUCUCUAAAGGUCACAUCUCCACAGGUUGGAGACCUGCAGCAGAACAGAGCUGCUGAGCUUCAUUUUGGAGUUUCCACCUCUUUCCCCUCUCAUCACUCACACUUCACGAACAUCACUCAGUUGUUUUUUGUUUGCAGCAGUCUGUUUACAGUAAAUUUGUCUAAGACACUACAGGGCAGUGUAAAAUGUUUCAAUGAAGCCGGCUGUUUAAAAAAAAAACAAUGAAAGAAAAGUUAUCUGUUUUCUGCUGUUUGCACAGUCUUUGUUUGGUGUGUUGUUCUCCUUGAAUCGAUGCUCUCAGUUGUGACUUGAGAUUCUGUUUGUCUACUUUUGCAAAAUAAAAGGAACAAAAAAGUAA